GCAGGAAUUGUUUCUCUGACCCGACCUUAACGGGCAAGAUGGUGUCUCAGGGCGUCCAGAUGAUCGGCAUCUCCUUGGCCAUGGUGGGCUGGUUCCUGGUCAUCGUGGUGUGCGCGUUGCCCAUGUGGAAGGUGACGGCCUUCGUGGGCGCCAAUAUCAUUACGGCGCAGACCAUCUGGCAGGGCCUGUGGAUGAACUGCGUGGUGCAGAGUACGGGCCAGAUGCAGUGCAAGGUCUACGACUCCAUGCUGGCACUGGCGCGGGACCUGCAGGCCGCCCGGGCAAUGGUCAUCAUCUCCAUCCUGACCGGGAUUUGCGGCGUGAUGCUGUCAAUUGCGGGCGGGAAGUGCACCAACUGCAUCGAAGGGGAGGCCUCUAAGGCCAGGGCCUGCAUCCUGGCCGGGGUCCUGUUCCUCGUAUCCGGCCUGCUGUGCCUCAUUCCCGUCUCGUGGUCGGCCAACGCCAUCAUCGCCGACUUCCACAACCCACUGGUCAUCCAGGCCCAGCUACGCAGCCUCUUGGCCAUGGGGAAGAUCGGCAAGGAGACUGCGGGUCAGGUGAUCGGCUUCAUCGGGCUGGUGGGGGUGGCGGUGACCACCGGCAUCCCCAUGUGGAGGGUCACCUCUUUCAUCGGCGCCAACAUCGUGACGGGCCAGAUCGUGUGGGACGGCCUGUGGAUGAACUGCGUGAUGCAGAGCACGGGCCAGAUGCAGUGUAGACUCAACGAGUCGGUCAUGAGGCUGACGCCGGACUUGCAGGCGGCCCGGGCGCUGGUCAUCAUCUCGCUGGUCUUCGGCUUCAUCGGCUUCAUGAUCACAUUCAUCGGAGCCGAGUGCACCAGCUGCCUGAAUAAAGCCACCUCCAAGGCCCAGGUGGUGAUCAUCGGCGGCUGCCUGCUCAUCUUGGCCGCGGUCCUGGUCCUGAUCCCGGUCACCUGGUCGGCCACCAUCACUAUCACCGACUUCCAGAACCCGUUGACCGUCAACGAGCAGAGGAGGGAGAUCGGGGCGGCCAUCUACAUCGGCUGGGGGUCCACUGCCAUCCUACUGGUCGGCGGGAUCAUCCUCACCACCUCGUGCCCGCCCCAGAGGCCCGUGUACGGAUACCCCGGCUCCCAAGCGGCGUACCCCUACGCCAACGGUUCCACCUAUGCCCCAGUUUACACGCCACCCUCCAGCCAGCCUUACACACCAAGUGGUUCGUACUAUCCCGCCAAGCCGUACGCAGCGCCAACCGGUUACUCGUCACGACAGUACAUUUAAACACCACUCUGGGACCGCAAAGAGACUGCAGUCUGGAUCUUUCUUGUCUUGGUUACACUCGAAAUUGCACUACGAUAAACACUGAAGAUGGUAUGUACUGUACUGCACAAUGACUGGAAUGUCACAUUAUUGUGAGCAAAUUAUUUCACCAAAUUUCUUUGGAAACUUCAGAUGGGAGAUUUGGGAAAUAUUUGAAAUGGGGAUUAACUGUGAAUUGGUAAGUUAACAUUCAAGCAUAAUUGUAAACAUUUACUUUUGUUACGAGCAGAAAACUUUGCCAAAUAAAUCGCUCACCUUGCCCACAUGCGAGGACAGUAUUGCAUCUUCAUUCCUCCAUUUUUGUUAGACUUCAAGAUGGCAGCGGCAUUGCUCAUACUUCUACUUUUGCUUGUUUGUUUGGUUUCUACACAUUAAUUCAUAUGAAUUGUUUCCAAAUUUAAAAAUUCCCCGAUUGUUGAAGCCCUGUAUGUGAGUCUAGGAACACUCACAUUCGCACUAAUGGACAAAGUCAAAGUUUUGGAACUGUUUUGUAAUUAUCUCAAUUUUUUAGGGUAGCUACAGUAUGGUGUUAAAUGUGUGUAAAUGGCUUGGAGUCCAUUAAUAAAAUACUUGAUUGAAAAACUUUUGUGACACUUAUCAAGGCAGUUAUAAAGGUCUUUUCGGGCUUGUAGUACCCUGACUUGAGAGUUGAAGAGAGUUAAAUAAU